AUAUACAUGAAGUAUGCUGACAGAAGUGUGUUUCUCCAUCAUCUUUGAAAUUGCUUGAUGUACAGCAAGUGUUUUGGAGAAAGUUAAAUUUAUAAACUCAUUUUACAUUGCUCAACUCUUGUGGAUAGGAUAGGCCGGGAAAUUUGAAACUGAUGAUGAAGGUGUAAGAACCCUUACAUUUGCUGAAAACACAAUAAGCAUGGAUGCACAUACAUGUAUGGUGUAUAAAAGUACAUUCAUGACUAUACUUUAAGUUUAAAGCUUAGCCUGAAUAACGGUAAAUGGUUACAUGAUAAUUUUAAAGCAACAUGGAUUUGCAUUUUAGAUUAAUACAGGGAUUGUCAGCUUUCCUCAUCAAAAAUUAUCAUACAUCCCUGUAAACAACAUUUUACAUUAUAUUGAAGUGUGUAUAAAUAUUUGUGACAGACUUUUCCAGUACUGCAUGAAAACAACAUAAGAAUAUAAUCAGAUUAAAUGUUAAUCUAAUUACACUGAAAAUGCACAUUUUGCAAAUACAUGUGUACCAUCUGGCAGUUAAUUACUUCGUCAAAGAUUUUUAUCUUUGACUGUAUGACUGUUUCCUUUAGUCAUUAUCUCCUUCAACAUGUGGCUAUACAUGUAUACGUGUAGACUAGUAAUGUGUUAAUAUUAUCUUUUCAGGCAAAUCCGACACAUCCCGUCUUAAAGAUAAAAAAGUCAUAUUUAUAGUGGGCGGUCCAGGCUGUGGCAAAGGUACACAGUGUGCCCGAAUCGUGGAGAAGUAUGGCUAUACCCAUUUAUCAACAGGUGAUCUACUACGGGAUGAGGUCUCUUCAGGGUCAGCACGUGGUAAAAAGCUGGCCAAAAUCAUGGAGAGAGGAGAUCUGGUGCCCAAGAACAUAGUAUUACAGCUGCUGAAGGAAGCCAUGCUGGCUAAGGCUGCAACCUCCAAGGGAUUCCUCAUAGAUGGCUACCCAAGAGAGCUUGACCAAGGAAUCAAAUUCGAGAAGGAGAUAACACCUUGUGAGUUUGUGCUGUGUUUUGAUGUGGAUGAUGAUGUGAUGACACAGAGACUGAUGGACCGUGGGAAAACAAGCGGAAGAGCAGAUGACAAUGAGGAAACCAUUAAAAAGAGGCUGUCGACAUUUCACAACAUCACAAAGCCAGUUAUUGAUCACUAUGCUAAGCAGGAUAAAGUGCGAAGGGUCAAAGCAGAAGGAAAUGUGGAUGAUGUCUUCAAGCAAGUAGAGAAGAUAUUUGAUUCCAUGGAUCCAGGUUAG